CAUGAAAAUGACUCUGGGGUUAACUCCCGAGAGGAUCUGUUCCUUCCUCGGCCAUCCAUCCCUGCUGAAUUUAGCGAACCACCUUCAGUGUUACAGAUUUUAAUGAAUGCUGUAGUUGUCCAGGAUGCCAAGCUGUCAGGAGCCACUCCAUGCGAAUUGUGGAGUACUAAACCUUGAUUCUAAGUGGGGGACGUUGGCUUUCCUCUCUUUAUAUUAUUGUUCCUUCAUAUUUUCCUAUUCCCUAUUUCUGUCGUGUUGUGCUGCCCUGUUUACCAGCCAAUGGAAGAACUAUGAUAAAUUGAUUCACAGCAUUGUGAUAAGAGCAUAAAAAGAAUCAUAUUCUGUAGCCCUUAAAUCAUGUGUUAUGCUGCCUUGUUUUGGUGUCCCUAGUAAUUUCAUCAGAUUGUGAGCUCCUUGGGAGCAGAGACUGUGUUGCUGAUUUCUUCUAGUAACGCCACAGCUCUGAGCAUGUGCUGGCGUAGUAUACAUUCAAUGACUAUUUCUUUGGUUAAUUAAGAUUUCCUCUCCAAACUGACAUGUAAAAGGAAACAUCAAGAGGAGUAAUGUUUUACAAAUAGGAUGCAUCCCUUCUGGUGGAAUUUCAAGUAAUGGCUGGGUUUCCACUGCCCUUCAAAUUUUUAAGUGUAAAGUACCACCUACAUUGUUUAUGGGGCAAGCCCACGAUUCCUAGAAUGAAUCCUUUCUUGAGGAUGAAUUAACCUCAAAGUCUAGAAUAAAGGCUGUUUCUUCUGAUGGAAAAUUCAGGCGUCACCAGAGUACCCUUUUUAGUUGUAGAGUUAGUGUGUUAGAGAAAGAGCACAAGCCCAAUGGAUUGUCGCCUUUAUAUUCUUUCCCAGACAAGGUAGCUGUGUAUGUGCGUCGUACAUGAUUUUCACCAUAAAGCACAAAAAUGUGAUGGUAUUGAUCAUCUUCAUUCACCUAUUUAACGCUUUUUGUUUGGAAUCUGUGUUUUUCUCUUUACCUAAAGGUAAGGUAUCAUUAGAGAAGCUUAAUUAAACUCUCAUUUAAAAAAAUUGAGUGUAUGAUAAGCUUAAAUAGGAAUUUCGCUCAUUUGCAUGGAUUCUUUUCUGAGUGAAUUCCAACGCUAGAGAGCUGUCUUAUCCAUCACCCUAGCUUUACCUUCUCAUUUGUCUCCUCUGGUUCAGUUCAUGCUCCUUUGCCAUCUGUUAUCCUUCCCUCCCCAGGUCACAUAGUAAAAGUAUCCACAAUUUAAAAAGAGGAGCCAACCAUAUUCAAAUUAUCUUAUUUUUUCAAUGACAGAGUUUUGACAUUAUUGAUAUAAACAGCAAUUUUGAAAUAUGAGAGAGACCCUGGAAAUCUGGCAGUUGGUCAAAUGAAACCUGAUUUGUUUAAAUUAAAUUUGCCUCCUCAAAUGUUCAGUACUGCAGUUUCCAAAAUAAAUUUUUUCUCAUCAGAGACUGCCUUUUCUUUGAAAUGUUUACUUUUCAACUCAAUGGAGAAAUCCUUAAAUUUUGUAAUCACUGUCAUCAGUAAGGUGGUAGAGGGAAGUCUGCAAAUUUUCAUCUCCUGUACACAUUCUCUUCUUGCCAAUGGAUAAAUUAUUUCCAGAAGUUUCUGGCCUAACUCAUGUGCACUAAAAUUCAGUUACAAAAUUUAAAAAGUAUAUUUGUAAACUCUUAAACUAUUUUAAUGAUUAUUUUCUGAAACUAAAAUUUAGCAUGAAUGAGAGAUAAAAUAAUGACUUUUUUAAAGACGUUAAUUUUUCCUACCCUGUACAAAUAUAAUGAAGGCAGCGGUGAUUGUGUAGCACUGGACCAGGAAUCAGGACACCUGGUUUCUAAUCCCUGCUCUGUCACUAAUGAGCUGUGUGAUCUUCAGUAAGUGAUUUAAACUCUGUGUCCUUGGCUUUGAUUUUUAUAAAUGAAGAGAGAGAAUAUCUUCCUUCUAGGAUCAUUGUCAGGAUUUUAAAAUACAUUUGAAAAUUUGAAAUUUAAAAAGGCACUGAAAGUUUGAAAAUACACUGAAAGUUACUAUACAUAUGUAGAUUUUUAAUAGUCUAACUCUGUGCAGUCACAGGUAUUUGCAUAGUGUGACAUUCUUAAUCAUUUCUACCAUUGUGGUAGGAAUUGCCUAUUGAUAUGAUAAAUAACUGUCUUUUGCACAUGGUGCAGUUUUGUAAGAUGAUCAUUCAGUAUGUAUCAAACUAAUAAAAUCAUCUUUCACUUUAAUGUCCCUGCUGUCCAUACUUUAGUGUAUCUACUGAAGCCAUAUUUGUCAUUUGUUUUCAUAAACAUCUUUUUCAUUAUUUCCCCCAAUUCAGGCAUUUAUUUAAAAACCUUACCUUACAGUAUGAAGCAUGGGCACAGUUAACUUAUGCAAAUUUAUAACUACGUGUGCUUUAAAAAUACUUCUUUGUGAUACAUGGCUUCAAAAUAUAGUGAUCCUAGUUUAUCUGGUGCUUAAUAAAAAGAAAAAAAAACCAGCAAUAAUCUGUUUAAAACCUGGAAGAGAAACUGAGUGGACAUAUUUUGAAGCAAUAUGGUGUAUAAAAAACCAUUCUUUGAAAAGUAACAUAGAGAUCUUAAAAAAGUAAUUUUGACUACACAGUUUUAUUCUUAGCUGAUUUUAAUAUAAACAAACCUUCUGUAAGAUAGAACCUAAGUGAAACUACAAAUAGCAGAAUAUCUGGUCUAUGGACUAGGAUUUGUUAGAUUCCUGUUAACAAUAUUGAAUAUAUCUUGUAGCAGUUACUGUCAUAAGGUCGCCUACAUUAUAGUUUCUGGUGUAUAAUCUUAACAACUGUUGUUGUUCUGAUUUUAUAUGAGUUAAUAUUAUAGUAGCAUUCACAUUACCGUAUAAACAUAACAGAAGCAUACAAUCAAAUGGGUAGUAUCUCCCCAUCACCAAAAAAAAGUAAUCAUGUUGGGAAGCCGUAAACUUACUUCAGUAAUACUGCCAUGGGUCAAAAAAAUUUUGGCAUUCUGUUUUUGGAAUUAUGAUCAGAGUUUGCAGCACAUUUGAAAAAUAUCUUUAAUGGAAGUUAAUCUUCAUCUUUUGAAACUGUAUUUCAUUUCUGGAAGCAGCUAACAGUCCCUUAUAACUAAGACAAGUGAAUAAAAUGGAUAUUUAAACCUCUCUUUGGGAUAAUGAAAUGUGAUUAUUUUCAUAUUUUUGAUACUGUGGUUUAUAAAAAAUGUUCAUAUUAUUCUGUGCCAUUGUGGAAAUCCUGGAACAAUCACCCUCAUAAGAUGAUUUCUUUGAAGGAGAGAGAGAGCACUCAGUUGAAUACAUACGUUCUUAGGUGCCCAUUAUGAGGUCAGUCUCAAGACAUUGUGAUCAUAUUUCUGUUCUCCUUAGUCACCACAGAAGUACAUGUGUGUUAGUGUUUUUCUAGUUAUCUUAUCUCUGUUCACUGUACUGUGUACUUGUGAUAAUUUUGAUGGAGUUCACCCUUUUCUGAAUCAGGAACUUAGAGCAUUUGUUUUCCUUCCUAGUACCAUACUCUGCUUCGUCAUGAAACUUUUGUUUUUUCACCUCACUGUCUUAGUGGAUUGUAGUAAAUUUUCUGUUGGAUUAGAUUGUGUCUUUAACUUUGAAUGGUUUAAAGCCAUUGCCAUUUUACUAAAAUAUAUAGAGGCUGCAAUCUUAGUGGACAAGUUAUCUCUCAGUUUUGCACCGUUGUCUUUUUUUUUUAAUGUCAAUGACUACUUUAUAACUUCUUUCAUAUAAAUGAUCUUUAUGUUGUAAUUCAUAUCAUUUCUCUGUUCAGAAUCCUCCUUUGCUGUUGGGAGGAAUCAUUCUGGUUAUUCCACCAAAAUUUUCUAUAUGUGUCACUUUUUUUUCCCAGCAUAAAGUGUUUUUUCACACCUUGUUGGUCACAUCUAUUUACUAAACAUACCAUGUUGUUUCUCAGUGCCAAAGUUUUGACUUUACUGUUUUUUCCUGCCUGAAAUCUCUUUUUCUUUCACUCUUUCUGUUUGAAUAUAACCAAUUCUUCAGAGGUCUGUCAGAUCAUAUCUGUUUAAUAAAAUCAUUAGUGAAACACUUGUCGUCCUGGUCUUCCUGCAUCUUUACACUUUUAUCACAGUUAUUUUGAUCACUCAUUUGGUCAUGAAAUGAAUACUACCUUACAUUUUUCUUAAUUACUAUAUGUUUUUAUGUUUUAGUUCUACGCGUGGAUAGUAAUCUUCUGAGGAACAGGACCAUAGUUUUUGUAUGACCCUCUUUCGGUGCAACAUACAGCAUAAUUCAGAAUAGAUGUUCAUAUAGUUAUUUCAUAAAUAUCAAUAAACUAUUUGUUGAUAAGUGUUCUACCAUCUUUACUCAGAUAUUUCAUGUGAUUUUACCUUUGUGAACCAUCUUAUAAUACCAAAUAAAUAUAGUUUGAACCAUAAAUGCAUUCACUGUUGUAAUCUGGUUGUCAUUAUUAUGUUCCUAAUAACUUUAUUUUGUAGAAGCUUAAGUGAAAAUGGUACACGUUAGAAGACAUGAAACAAGGAAAAAUUCUAAAACUCAAGAGCGUGAACAGAAAUCUCGAGUUGACUGGAGGCGGACUAGAAGAAGUAAUCUCUCACAAUUGUGUGAUAGUGAUGAUGAGCUUGAGAGCGAUGAGCUCAUGAGUGAUGAAAGUGUAGAUGGUGAUGAGAGUGCUGACAGUGAUGAAGACCCUGAUGCUAACAAGGGGCUUGAUAGUAAUAAAAAGCCAGCAGAUGAAAGCAAGCUUAACUCAAUUAAAGUCGCAAGCGAAGAAAACAACAGUAAGCAUCUCAUUAACACCAGCAACAGUUCAACAUAUGAAGAAGAAAAGAACAAAAUCAAACAUGGGAACAUUGACUUACCAGAUCGGGAAAUGCAUUUAAGUCAAGAGGAGGGUGAUCUCAACAAACACACUGGACAAAUAAUAGAGGAGGAUUUGGAAGAAGAACACAUCAAGCGAGGGAAGAGAAAAAGGGUCUCCUCUGUGAUGUAUGACAGUGAUGAGAGUGACGACAGUGACAUCCUAGUUAGAAAAGUGGGCAUUAAACGUCCGCGUAGGGUGGUUGAAGAUGAAUCUUCUUCUGUGGAGAUGGAGCAAAAAAAGCCUGAAAAAUCCUCAGCCACAAAAAAGCAAGAGCAGCUCCAGAAACUCAAAGAACUCUCAAAACAAAGAUCUCGUCAGAGACGCAAUAGUAGUAGAGAUUUUGAGGACUCCGAAAAGGAAUCCUGCACAAGCAGCGAUGAAAAUGAUGAUGAAGAAGAGGAGGAGGAUUAUGAAGAUGAUGAAGAUGGAGAUGAUUACAUUAUUGAUGACUUUGUAGUGCAAGAUGAGGAGGGCGAUGAAGAGAAUGAAAGCCAACGAGGAGAAAAAUUGACUACAUCACAGCUGAAAUUAGUAAAACAGAAUUCUCUUUGUGCCCAGAGCAGGGACAGAUGUUCUGUGCUGACCAUUUGGAUCAAGAAGGGGUCAUGUUUGAUAGAGAACAUUUCCACAACCAUAGCCAACCUCGACCCAAGAGCAAUGGGAAAUAAUUCUUUUAGUGACCACUAUACUCACUUUGAAAGAGUUGUGAAGGCUCUUCUGAUCAAUGCUUUAGAUGAAUCUUUUCUGGGAACAUUAUAUGAUGGCACCAGGCAAAAGUCAUACGCACAAGAUAUGUUGACGUCUCUUCACUAUUUGGAUGAUCGCUUUGUUCAGCCUCGUCUAGAGAGCUUAGUUUCUAGAAGUCGUUGGAAAGAGCAAUAUAAGGAGCGGGUAGAAAAUUAUUCUAAUGUGAGUAUUCAUCUGAAGAAUCCUGAGAACUGUUCCUGCCAGGCUUGUGGACUGCAUCGCCACUGUAAAUAUUCAGUGCAUCUGUCAGGAAAGUUGUAUAACACCAGGACUAUGGAAACAGAUGACUUCAUGUCACAUGAUAAGCAGGUGUUUACUGUGGGCAGAAUUUGUGCUGAUCGUACCAGAAUUUAUCAUAAACUGAAACAUUUUAAAUUCAAGCUGUACCAGGAAUGUUGCUCCAUUGCAAAGACAGAAGAAGUGGAGGAUGAACAAGUUAAAGAAACAGUGGAAAGAAUUUUCAAUCAGUCAAAGGAAAGUGGCUGGAUUGAGGAGAAAUAUGGUCAACUUCAAGAAUAUCUCAAUUUUGCGGAUUACUUUCAAGAUGAGAAGUUUGACUGAAUUGUAACACAUUUCCUUCAGAGAAGAUUUUAUAAAUUCCUGUAAAUGUGAAGAUCAUGAGUCUUAUUUCUCUGUAUCAUGUGACAUAUUUGUAUAUUUUAUGUAUAUCUUCAUGGCAAAAUAUCUUGUGUGUAACAUAUGUUCAUCGGAAUUUCCAUGAGACGGCACUCUACCGUUUAAUAAAGCUUUUAUCUGCUGUACAUAGGAAACAUAAGCUUAAUAAUUUUUAAUUAAGUGUAUUUUAAAGUUAUAUAACAAUGCCUUUAUAACAGAUGACUAUCAAGUGAAUAAGCUGUUUAUGUCCUGUCAGUUUAGUAGAAAAACACUGUAUUUAAAUGUAUUUAGACUAACAUCUCUGUGUAUUUACUGCUGCAUCCCUGCCCAGAGCUGUUUAUUACCCUUUUGCAGUGUUAAACGAUCUUCACGAAUAUAUUUUUUACUACUAUCAUUAUCUAAAUCAGUGGGCCAUGGAAGAAACCUCAGUGUUUCAUACAGUUCAGUUCCCUUGCCUCAGAAUCAAACUGUUAGUUUACCCAUUCGAAGUAGAGGAGUGUUUUUUGUUUUUUGUUUUUUUUUCUUUUCUGAAGUUCCCCUUACAAAUAGAUUUCAGGUCUGCAGAGUCUUCCAACCCUCACAUUCAGGAAUAAUUUCAUGACAUGUAUUUUCAUGCUUCAUAAUGUUCUUUCUUUUUUCUAUCCAAUUUUGUCUGUGUUAAUAAUUAAGAUGUAUUUUAUUUAUUUUUAUCCAGAACUUUUCCCAUAGAAGUAUUUGUUAGGAUUAGAAGAUCUCAAAGAGACAAAUUCAGCCAAAAAUAGUUUAAAAGCGUAUUUUGGCAUCUGCAUUGCUUUGCACCUCUAAAUUUUCCCGUAACAUAAUAAAAGUAAAAUGGCUUUGGAGUGAUCCAAUGGACCUUGUCUAUUCUGUAUCUUUAAUUCUUAAAAAUGGUGUUCUAGUGGUAUCUAUUUUCCGGUGGAAUUUUAGGUACUUGUUUCUUACUUCAAGUUUUGGUUGAACCUGGCAUCCCCUAUUAUGGGGUUCACGGCAU